AUGGAUGACAACAGCUUCAGCAAGGAGUGCUCCUUUGACCGUAUUGAUACUAUAAUGAAGUCUCUCCAGCUCGUGAUCUCCAUACCUACCUUCAUUAUUGGUUUGAUUCUGAAUUUGAUAGCCCUCUGGGUGUUCUAUUCUUGGAAGAAACAGACAGAGUCAUCAAUCUACAUGAUAAACCUUGCUCUUGCGGAUCUGCUUCUUCUUUUCUCACUUCCUUUCAAGAUGUACUAUUCCAGAAGAGAGCAGCAGAGGCUCUUAUGCAAAUUUAUAGAGGCUCUCUACUUCGUCAAUAUGUAUGGGAGUAUUUUCAUCAUUGUCUGUAUUAGCUUGGACAGAUAUAUUGCUAUAAGGCACCCACUCAAAGCCAGAGCUUUCCGAUCCCCCAAACAGGCAAUCAUGGUAUGCUGUUGCAUUUGGGUUAUAGUUUGGCUUAGCAGCAUCCCUAUCUAUGACUUCCACAACAAUGACAAAGUCAAGUGCUUCCACAAUAUGUCAGAACAGGCAUGGGAUAUUCCCAUCAUCCUUUCUGUUGAAAUCUUUGGAUUUCUCAUCCCUUUGACUCUGAUGGUUUAUUGCUCUGUUCAGAUCAUCCAGACUCUUUGGAGGCGUAAAAACCAGGGGCAGCAGUGGGCUGAGCAAGCUGCCUCUAUAUGGAUCAUUUUAGCCAACCUCAUGGUGUUUGUUGUCUCCUUUACACCAUUCCAUCUUGGGAUCUUUCUGCAGUUCCUGGUAAGACAGCACAUCAUUGUGAACUGCACUGUGAAACAAAGCAUUAGUCUCUUCAUACAGGUGGCAAUGUGUUUAGCAAAUGUCAACUGCUGCCUGGAUGCCAUCUGUUACUACUUUGCCACAGAAGAAUUUCGCAAGAAAUCUAUUUCUGCCACUCCAACUAGUGCUUUGAUUGAACUGCGUAAACUAUAA